AUGCUCACCACCAUGCUCACGACCGCCACCCGCGCACCCACCGCCCGCAUCGCCCUCGCAACCCGCGCGUUCUCCGUCUCUGCUCACAUCCGCUCGGAAGGCAUGCCCUCGGGCCACAGCCAGUCGUCGUUCAACAAGCGCGAGAAGGCGCAGGAGGAGGCUUACGUGAGGGAUGCGGAACGCGAGAAGCUCAAGGCGCUGCGCAAGUCGAUCGAGGCGUCCAAGGCGCACCUCGAGGAGCUCGAGUCGCAGCACAAGGACCUCGAGGCGUCGAUCAAGAGUGGAGAGAAGGCCGCGCCGCAGUGA